GGCUGCUGGUGUCAAGGUGAGGGGAGAUGUGUUUUUCCUCCCGGAGCCUCUCUGUCAGUCACCGUCUCACAGCCAAUGGUAAGUUCGCCUCGGUCGGACCGACUCGCCGCUUGCUCCUCCUGUCCCUCCUCGUGCUGUCCUCGCCGUGCACGCGCGUGGUACCCACGGUCGUGAGGAGGAGGAGGAUGUUGCGCGUGAAGGGGAAAUGGCUGCCGAAAACAAGCCGGAAGGACUGAAGAAAGUUCGUAAUCCGGAUCGAAUGUACAGAUCAGCAGUGUGUUAUGCUGGCCAUGGUCCACCUAAGAGUAUCAGUGAUGACACAGAGACAAACAAUGAACAUGGACAUUUGAAAAUAUACCUGCCCAAGAAGCUGCUUGAAUGUCUACCAAAAUGCACCUCGCUGCCAAAGGAGAGACACCGGUGGAACACUAAUGAGGAGAUCGCAGCUUACUUGAUAACGUUUGAAAAGCAUGAAGAAUGGCUAACGACAUCCCCUAAAACAAGGCCGCAGAAUGGGUCGAUGAUAUUGUACAAUAGGAAGAAGGUGAAGUACAGAAAGGAUGGCUACUGCUGGAAGAAGAGGAAAGACGGGAAGACCACACGGGAGGAUCACAUGAAGUUGAAAGUGCAGGGAGUUGAGUGUCUGUAUGGCUGCUACGUCCACUCCUCCAUUAUCCCCACCUUCCACCGUAGGUGCUACUGGCUGCUCCAGAACCCUGAUAUUGUGCUCGUCCACUAUUUGAAUGUUCCAGCUAUUGAGGAUUGUGGGAAACCAUGCGGUCCAAUCCUGUGCUCCAUCAAUACAGACAAGAAGGAGUGGGCCAAGUGGACGAAGGAGGAGCUGAUCGGUCAGCUCAAGCCCAUGUUUCAUGGCAUCAAGUGGACUUGCAGCAAUGGGAACAGCAGCUCUGGCUUCUCAGUGGAGCAGCUAGUGCAACAGAUUCUGGACAGCCACCAAACUAAGCCACCUCCCCGGACUCACAACUGCCUCUGCACGGGCACCCUGGGUGCUGGGAGCAGUGUGCACCACAAAUGCAACAGCGCCAAACACCGCAUCAUCUCCCCUAAGGUGGACCCCCGCUCAGGGGGCUACAGCAGUGCUCACUCUGAGGUACAAAACAACGAUGUGUCGGAGGGGAAGACCGAGCACAGUGCCCAUGGCGGAGGCAAAAGCUCUGGGGGAGGAGGCGGAGGGGGCAGUGCCAGGGAGAAACGGAAUGGCAAAGUCCACAAGCCCGUCCUGCUGCACCAGAACAGCACAGAGGUGUCAUCCACCAACCAGGUUGAGGUCCCUGACACCACGCAGAACUCCCCUGUGUCAAUCAGCAGCGGCCUCAACAGCGACCCAGACAUGGCUGACAGCCCCGUGGUGACAGGGAUGAGCCACGUGGCCUCUGUCAUGUCUGGCUUGUCCCAGAGUGUCUUUAUGUCUGAGGUCACUGGAGACCCUGUCUACAGCAUGUCUCCAACCGGGGGUCCCAACACUCACCUAAUGGGUGCAGAUGCCACGUCACAGGGCUUGGUGCUGUCUGUGACCUCUGAUCGUCACAAAUUUGCCUUCCCCAGUGGAGGAGUAGGGGAACCUGGGACUACCGCGGCAGGAGACAGCCUGGCCAUGCUGUCUUCAGCUGGGGUUUCUGAGGAACUGGUGCUCUCCAGCAGUCUGGAUGCUGGAAGCAUCAAAAUCCCAGAGACCAAUAUGAACUUUGACCCGGACUGCUUCCUGAACAACCCCAAACAGGGCCAGACCUAUGGAGGCAGUGCAAUGAAGACGGAGGGCAACUCUUCCUCAACCUCAUCUUCCUCUGGUGGCAGCAGUUGCACCAACGGCAGUCUGCAGCGCUCCCCUCCCAUGUCAGACAAUGGAUACACCUUCAGCUCAGCUUUGGUAAAGAAUAUCAAGACAGAAGACACAUCCUUUGAGCAGCAGCUGGCCCAGGAGAGUGGCUACCAGGUGGGGCCAGUAGUGAACUGCGGCAGCGGGGUGUCUGUGUCAUCUGGUGCUGGUUCAGGCCAGGGUAGCCUUACUCUGACAGCAGCAGGCUCCCUGCUUCCUUCUGGUGGGGGGCUGAGUCCCAGCACCACCCUGGAGCAGAUGGAUUUCAGUGCUAUUGAUGCCAAGCAGGACUAUACUUCCAGCGCUACCACAGUGAGCUAUGGUCAGACCAUGUCCAGUCCUCACAUGCAACACCAGAACCGUUCACCCAGCUUCUUCCUCCAGGAUUCUUCUCAGACCGGCCAGGCCCAGCAGGGGAGGCCCAGUAUGGGCCAGAAAACACAUUUGAUGGAGCACAACUCCCAUGACUCUGGGGCUUAUAUGGGGCUGCAAGUGGUGAAGACGGACUCUCCUGGCAGCAACGGCCACCUCCACCAUCAUCACCAGGCCCACCAGAGCCAGCACAGGGCCAACUGCAACGGAGGCUCACCCACAGAGGGCCCUGGCCAGGCUGGCUCUCUCCAGCUGCUACAGUACCAGGGGAGCUUUCCUGGGCUGGGCACUGAGCAUGAGGAGGUGGUGGGUCUAGAGCAACCGGGCAAUGUGAAUUCAGCUCAGGCCGGAGCCACUGAGAACGGAGCUGAUAAUCUACUCAAGCCGGGAGACCACAUUCAGGCCUGUGGUGCAGGAAACGGCGAGGGCGCAGAGCACUACCUGCAACAGGCCUCGGACGGUGGCGGAGGAGGGACUGGAGGUGCAGGAGAAGGAGUAGCAAUUCACAAUGGCAACAACAACAGCGAUGGCAGCAACCGCUCUCAGCAGCAACAGCAGCUGCAGCCUCUCCUCCAAGGCACGAGUAUGGUCCAGGGACUCUACAAUGCUGUCGGAAGCCACCAAGGCCUGGGUGGCGCGGCCAGUAACGGAGGAGCAGGAGGGACCGGCAUGGAGAUCAGUCUGGAUCACUUUGACAUCUCUUUUGGUAACCAGUUCUCUGACCUCAUCAAUGACUUCAUCUCAGUGGAUGGCAGUGGAGCCACCAUGUCAGCUGGAGGGGCCCUCUAUGCUCACCAGCUUGUCACAUCCCACAGUUCUGAUAGUCAGAACACAGCUGGUGGGGCCCCCCAGCAGGGCCAGGAAGAUGGAGGGGCCAGGGGCUCUGGCUACAGCCCCUCAGAGCUCUGCCUUCAACCCUGCUGCAGCCCCCAGUCUCUGAGUGGAGGGGCUGGAGCAGCGGGAAACACAGGAGAGCCAGGCUCAUUGUCCUACAUGAAUGUAGCAGAGGUGGUGUCUGCAGCUGUAGCCCAGGGGGCUCUGGGGAUGCUUCAGGCCACGGGCCGGCUCUUCAUGGUCACUGACUACUCCCCUGAGUGGUCCUACCCCGAGGGUGGAGUUAAGGUGCUGAUCACUGGGCCCUGGCAAGAGGCCAGCUCAAACUACAGCUGUCUGUUUGACCAGAUCUCAGUCCCAGCUUCUCUCAUCCAACCAGGGGUGCUGCGCUGCUACUGCCCAGCGCAUGACACAGGUCUGGUGACGCUGCAGGUGGCUGUCAGUAACCAGAUCAUAUCCAACUCGGUGGUGUUUGAGUACAAGGCCCGCGCUCUUCCUUCACUGCCAUCAUCUCAGCACGACUGGCUCUCGCUGGAUGAUAACCAGUUCAGAAUGUCUAUCCUGGAGCGCUUGGAGCAGAUGGAGAGGAGGAUGGCAGAGAUGGCCAGCCACCAGCAGUCGAGCAGUGCAGGGAGUGGCGGAGCUGGGGGAGGAACAGGGGGAGGGGGAGGAGGAGGAGGAGGAGGGGGGGGAGGCGGAGGAGGAGGAGGCAACAACAGCCAGUCACAGUGUUUAUCUGGUCAGACGCAGGCCAGCAGCUCCUUUGAGAGUCGUGUCGUCGUGGUCUGUGAGAAGAUGAUGAGCAGAGCUUGCUGGGCCAAGUCCAAACAUUUAAUCCACUCCAAGACCUUCAGAGGCAUGACACUCCUUCACCUGGCUGCAGGCCAGGGCUACGCCACCCUCAUCCAGACACUUAUCAAGUGGCGUACCAAACAUGCUGAUAGUAUUGAUUUGGAGUUAGAAGUGGACCCUCUCAAUGUAGAUCACUUCUCCUGCACGCCUCUGAUGUGGGCAUGUGCACUGGGUCACCUGGAGGCAGCAGUGGUCCUGUAUAAAUGGGACAGACGUGCCCUAGCUAUCCCAGAUUCUCUGGGUCGCUUACCCCUCUCAAUUGCCCGAUCUCGUGGCCAUACCAAAUUGGCCGAAUGUCUAGAGCAGCUACAAAGGGAAGAGCAGCAGCCACCAGCCCCUCUACAACCCGCAACUCGCAUGUCUUUCUCCCCAGCCCCCGACACCCCCACCACAGACAGCUGGAUGGUCAGCUGGGCAAACAACAGUGGAGUAGCACCCAGUGGCAAGAAAGGGGGUCCUGCCACCACUACAACCACAUCCAGCACCACAAGCCUCAAUCCAGACUUAAGGAGGCCCAGGUCAGAGCCCUCCAACUACUACAGCAGUGAGGGCCAACGAGACCUCCCACUAGCUAAAAAACAUAAACCCAACCCAGAAUUGUUUCAGACUCGGCCUGACAAGGCCAUGUCUGUUCCUCUAAGCCUGGAGCAGCAACAGCUCCACAAGCUGUCCUCUAGCCCCAAGAGCCUGUCCUCAGAAGGCCUGAGCUCAGACAAAGGCCUGUCUACAGGAAGCAGCACAGGGACAACCAGAUGGACCUCCAGACAGAGUUUCUCCAGCAGCGGCAUGGGGAGGAAGGCGUUGGGGGUCAGUGGAAGCAGCAGCCUGGGGAAGGAGAAACUGGUCAACCGGUUGCGUCAGCGGGAACAGCUAGGCAUGCUGGUGAUGGCUGACAGAGAAAUGGCUGAUGCAGAACUGUUAUCCUAUCGGGAAGAUCUGGAGAACCAGGACUGUCUCACACAGAUGGAUGACCUGCAGGCAAAUAUGAUGACUCUGGCAGAACACAUCAUUGAAGCAACACCAGAGAGAAUCAAAAGGGAGAACUUCACAACAGUGGACUCUGUGCCUGUAGACACGUCAGGGGUCAGCAACACCAUGAACUGGCUGGCCAACUACCUUGGAGAUGUGGAACAGCUGCCAAGCAUCAUACACCUACGAUCUCUGUAUAAUGAAACCCUGACCCCCUCGUCCAACCCCAGCCUCAGUCCUGGGGGGUCUCCACUGAGAGAGGGGCCCCUGGAGAGGUCUACGCUCCCAUCCCCAGCUGACUGGAGUGAGUUCAUCAAUGCCUCCAACAGCAAGGUGGAGCGAGACCUGGCCCAGCUGACUCUGUCAGAUCCAGAGCAGAGAGAGCUGUAUGAGGCUGCCCGCCUAGUCCAAACUGCCUUCCGCAAGUACAAGGGGCGGCCGCUCCGAGAGCAACAGGAAGUAGCUGCUGCUGUUAUUCAACGUUGUUACAAGAAAUACAAACAGCUAACAUGGAUAGCCUUGAAGUAUGCACUUUAUAAGAAGAUGACGCAGGCCGCCAUCCUUAUCCAGAGUAAGUUCCGCAGCUACCACGAACAGAAGAAGUUUCAGCAGAGCAGGAGGGCUGCCGUGCUCAUUCAGCAAUACUACCGCAGCUACAAGGAGUUUGGCAGGCUGAAGCCCCACCACCGCGGGGCUGCUGCCGCCCUCAUGCAGCACAAACUAAGAGGUAGUCUGCUCACAAAGAGGCAGGAUCAGGCUGCCAGGAAGAUCAUGAGGUUCCUACGUCGCUGCCGCCACAGCCCCUUGAUGGACCAUAGACUGUUCAAGCGGGUGAGUGCAGCCUCAGCAACUCAGGUGAAAGAAUUGAAAAGGGCCAGGGAACAUGAGACCCCUCAGAAGAGCCCCCUCGCGAUGUGACAUCACUCUCCUGACUCCGCUUUUCUUUUUUGUUUGUACCUGAGAGAUUUUACAAGAGAAAUGAAAGACGAAAAAAAAAGAAAAAAACAUCAAUGCAAGCACUGCAAUUAUUACUACUACUGCAGUGUUACUGGUUCAACUACUAUUACAUGUACAACAGCUUUUUUUCACAUAUCUUUUCUUUCCACUGACUUGAUUUGGUCAGAGAGUGGCAACUUCUACGGGAUUAUAAACUAAAAGGGUCAGGGUGGGGGGUGCAGCACAUUUGCUUUAUGGCAUUUUUUGCACUUUUUCAUGGAUUGCUUUGUCUUUUUUGAAUAUGAAGAGCCGAACGCAGGACAUGCCUGAGGAGGUCUGUCAAACACAAGGACCUCGAGAGACGUAAAUUAAGGCUGCUGCAGAAGAUCUCAGAGGAUAGGGAGACCACGCAGAAACACUCUGGGCUCAAAUUAUUUUUCAUACGUUUUUAAGUGACCAAUCAAUUCAUUUGAAGAAGUUUUUUUUUUUUUUAACCAAAUAAAUUGGUCACCCACACUUCCACUUCUAUCCACUGCUGUAGAUGAUAUGAUAUUCAAUUUAGCUCAACAAUUCCAGCUGUCCCACUGUGCUCUACCCCACCAGUCUGCCCACACGGGUUGAGCUACAAAUGAAUGUAGUCCGGGGUUUAACCAUGCAGAAGCAAAUGGGGGAUAAAAUAUUUCUGUUUUGCCAUUUCUUUAAAAAAAACUAUGCUUUAUCAGAUAUAUUGUCACUUUAUUACUUGAAUUUGUUCCAUACUGUCCAAUGUAUUGGUGAUCUGUAUCUUCAGACUCUAUGUUCUUGAACCCUACCAAGAAAGAAUGCAUGACUUCUUGGCAAGAAAAGUCUUUGCUUGUGUGCUUAUGGUCUAGUCUUUCAGCCUAUCCUCUGAUUUUCUUUUUGUUUCCAUCUUCUCCCCCAUAACUUCUAUCAUCUCAGUAAUGAAGCUAUGCCUGUAUUGUCCUGUUUCUUUUUUUUAUUUUGUUUCAUUUUGCUUCGUUCAGUUGAUUGAUCCUCUGAAUCCUAACAAGAGAAAAGUACUUGCCUAUUUUGUGUUGUAAUGGUUAUGGUCAUGCAGGUUAUUAUUGUUAUUUUUAAACGAACUUCAGAGCCUGUGAAGGCUUUUGAGGGGAAGAUCACAUACAUUGCCUUGACGUCUUAGAGAUUCUUUGAGGGGUCCCUAAGCUUGUCCCAAAAUAGGGGUUUGACAAAUCCAUAUUUUUGACAAUUGAGCGAUUUCUGUAUAUAAAGAAGGCUGAAAGUGCGUAGGAAAAAAAAAACAUUUACCCAACGGGGAUUGUAUUUUAGAAAUAUAUUAUUUUAUUCAUUAAAAAUGGGUCAAAAACAGGUACGAGACAAAAACAGAAUAUUUGUAUAGUUUUGUUUGAAUGCCUAAGAAGUAUGGUUGUAUUGUUUGUAAAUAGUGUAAAUACCUGGGAUAAAGAUGAGUUAUGUGCAUGAAAAGUAUGAACAGAGUCAAAAGGGGAAAAAACAACAACAAAAGCAGUAGUGGCUAUGCUCUGUAAAAUUAAAACUAUUUCACUAUUA